AUGAGCAAUUGCAAUCCAAAGCCGACUCCACUUCCGCAGCAACUCACUAAUCUGAGCUCUAAGCUGUUCUCCGAACCCACAUACUUCAGAAGUCUCCCGGGUAAACUGCAAUACCUAACCGUUACUCGCCCUGAUAUUCAGUUUGCUGUGAAUUUUGUUUGUCAGCGGAUGCAUGCUCCUACUAUCUCAGAAUUUGGUCUACUAAAACGGAUCCUCCGAUAUCUCAAAGGAACACUUCACAUGGGUCUACGCAUCUGGAAAGACAACAACCUAUCUCUAUUGGCUUACAGUGACAGUGACUGGGGAGGCUGCAAGAAUACCAGACGAUCAACCUCUGGAUUCUGCACUAGGCUUGGACCUAAUCUCAUUUCAUGGUCAGCUAAACGCCAACAGACAGUAUCGAACUCAUCCAGUGAAGCAGAAUACAUAGCCCUCACAGCUACAGCUCAAGAACUCACGUGGCUCUCCUUUCUUCUCAGAGAUCUCAGAAUUUUUCAAAAUCAUCCCACCGUCCUUCAAUACGACAACCUCUCAACAGUCUACCUUAGUGCGAACCCAGCUCUCCACAAUCGCUCGAAAAGCUUCGACAUCGAUUACCACUUCAUCAGAGAGAAAGUAGCCCUUGGCUUCAUUGAGACGAGGCACAUCCCAGCAGCCUUCCAAUUAGCGGACAUCUUCACCAAAUCAUUACCUCAAAAACACUUGGUCUUCCUCCGGCAAAGGCUCGGCGUCGAAUGUUCUCCCACCUCACAAUUGAGGGGGAAUGUUAGAGAAUGUCCUAAGUUGAGCCCAACAACAAUCCAAGACAAGGCCCAUUCCAAGUUGAGCCCAACUACUCAACCACAGAAGAAGACAAAUCCUUUUGUACCUGCAAAAGACAUUAGAGAAAAGAUGGAGCUGCAACCACAAGGAACAGAUUCAAAGCUCUCUUAA